GCUGCGUCUACAAAUACACUCGCUGCGGCGUUACAGGUAAACAAGCGAGCUGACAGCAGCGUGGCAAGCACAGGUAAACAAGCAGCGCAGGCAUAUACGACUGACAACACUCUCCACUCGAGCAACGACGCACGCACACUCGACGGUGCAAUCAACUCGCCCCCUAGUAGUAGGACCGACUCGUAAGCUCUUCCUUCCUCGACAUCCGUACGACCCCGGGAGCGUGAGCAGACGACACGAGACAGCGGCGCCAUCACGAUCAUGAGACUGCUCGCGUACACGGCGGCGGCGUUGUUUAUCGUCGCGGCGACGAUGACGACGAUGCGCGUGUCGGCUAAAGGCACCUGCAUCGGCGGACAGCCGGAGGGCGAUCAGUGGCCGGAGCGCUUCGGUGCUUCGUGCUUCGACUGCGAGUGCAUGUCUGGAGGCAGCAGUGCAGGGAGCCAGCUGUACACCCAGUGCUUCACGACGCCCUGCGUGGACGUGCCGCAGACCUGUCCACCGAUCCCAGGCGGCCACCCCGUCGGCACGGCGUGGGUCGAGGCCGAGUACGCCGGCGACCUCUGCAUGCACUGCUCGUGCGAGCCUAGCACCGGACCCUCCACCUACCCGCACUCCAUCUGCGCGAUGGGUGAGUGUGCGAAUCCUGGCCCACAGUAACGAUACCACUGCAGAGCUUCAGUAGACACGCACUGUCCGUCGCCCAUGGCAACCAGCAGACAACGUCGGGACUACCAUCUUGUCGAUUGCGCUUACCGAGAUUUUUUUUGUCUAUAUUCAGAAUUUAUUCAUAUUAGUUUAUAGAAAAUAUAGUCGGCCAAGGAUUUGUAGCAUUUGUUUACCCCGUGAACUAUUAGAAUAUAUGUUUAUCUCACAGAACUUAAAUUCUCUGAGUUUUUUGAGUCUGCAUUUAAACAUAGAUUUGAUAGAUUUGUUAUACAUUUUGCUGGGCUUUUGUUUUGAAAAUGUCUGUCAAGGUAAAACAAGGCAGACCAUCGGUUUCAAAUAGGAUUUUUUAGUUUUAAACAUUUUACGUGUAUGGAUUAAGACCUAUAGUCUAUUAUAACCAGAAUCAUUGUAUGUUGUCACUAGUCAAAUUAAAAAGCAAGUGUGCUGCAUUUUCUUUA